CCCAUUACACGUUACACUAGGGCGGGGGAGUGAUAUGGCUAGAAAGCACGGGUCUGUUUGGUCAAUGCUAUAAUGAUGGAUGUGGCUCAAGGCGCUCAUUCUUUUUGAGUCUUUGCACUUUACUUCCCUUCCUUCCCAUUUUUCCAUUUUCUUGUUUUCCUUUCUUCCCAGCUACACCCUCACUCAAUCCAUCGUCUUUUAUAUUUCUCGUCUUUCUCACCUUUCUCUCACCUCUCUCUGUCCCUCGUACGUCUUUGCUUGAUCUUAAUAAGCACAGCCCAGCGGCGAUUCAUAAGUAACAAAAAACGCAAUUUAUCUGCUGAGACGACUUUCCUGCCUGUACCUGAACCAUUAUAGUCGAUAU